AAUUUUGAGGACUUUGGUGCCCCGUUCAAAUGCUUUUUUGAAUCACCACACAACAACCGAAGAUUCAAAUUAAUUAAAUCUUAUAAUCUGAACUUCAUGAUUCGUGGGACGAGGAAUGGAGACGGUAUCAGAUCUAUUUGUGCACAUACCGAGAGUGAUGAUUCCCAUGUUUCUAUCACUAUCCCUCACGAAAGCAAUGGUUUUAGAAUCAAUCAAACGAUUCUCAAUGACCUGGUGACGAAGAAAGAUCUUCAGACACUUCAGGAACUUGGUGGUGUUGAUGGGGUGGCUUACUGUUUGGAAACCAACCUGGACGGCGGUAUUAAUGGCACUGCUGAGGACAUUAUGCGCCGACGGGUGGUGUUUGGUUCCAACACAUAUAGCAAGACACAUACCGUUAAAAGCUUCCCCUACUUCGUGGGGAAGGCUUUCAAAGAUCAUACUAUUAUGAUCUUACUUGGCUGUGCAGCGCUUUCACUUGUUAUCGGCAUCAAGGAUCAUGGUGGUGCCUUCAAAGAAAUCUGGUACAAUGGCGGUAGCAUUUUCGUUGCCGUUCUUGUGCUGGUUGCCUUCUCUGCCAUCGGAAACUACUGGCAGAACAGACAAUUGGACAUGUUGUCACGAGCCAGUAACAAUAUCCAAAUUGACAUCAUUAGGGGCGGCCAACGACGGAAGAUCUUGAUUUUCGAUGUAGUUGUAGGAGACAUUGUUUACCUGAAGAUGGGGGAUAAAGUUCCAGCUGAUGGAUUGUUUCUCGACGGGCAUUCUCUGCAAGUAGAUAAAUCAAGCAUGGCUGAAGACAGAAACCAUGUUGAGGUGAAUUUGAGGCAAAACCCCUUCUUAGCUUCCAGUGCCAAGGUUAUCAACGGGUUUGCCCGAAUGCUCGUUACUUCGGUCGGAACGAACACAGCAUAUGGCCAAAUGAUAUAUCAGAUGAAUUUAAUGAGCCGCAACAAGAAGGAGAAGACACCACUUCAAAGGCGAGUAAGAAAGCUAGCAUGGUCGAUUCGUAAGGUUUCCGACCUGGUUCUUGUGGUGUUGUUGGUAGUUAAUUACUUCACCAGAAAUACAGGCGACGACAGAGAUGGAAAUAUAGGAUGCUAUGGCUGUAAAACAAAAGCCAAUGAUCCACUGAAUGCUAUUAAAGGCAUAGUUGCUGGUGCCGCUCUUGUCAUCAGCACUGCUUCUCCAGAAGGCCUCCUGUUUGUAGUUAAGCUGACCCUAACAUAUGCAAUGAAGAGAAUGAUGGCAGAAAACUUGAUGGUCUGGCAGCCCUCAGCAUAUGAGAAAAUGCGAUCCAUCACCACCAUUUGCACCAACAAAACGGGAACUCUCACGCUUAAUCAAAUGAAGGUGAAGAACUUUUGGCUUGGCCAGAAACCUAUGGAUGAAGUUGCUUCUUCUAUUUCUUCAAUAUCGCCCCGUCUUGUUGAGUUGAUCCUUCAAGGAGUUGCCUUGAACACAAUGGAAGAUGCUUCCAAAGGUUCUAGUAGAUUAAUGGGAUUUGAAUUCUUUGGUAGUCCAACGGAAAAGGCACUUCUUUCUUGGGCUGCCUUGGAACUGAAAAUGGAUAUGGAGAAAUUGAAGCAGAAUUAUUCAAUCCUUUUUGUUGAAACAUUCAAUUCUCAUAAGAAACGGAGUGGAGUUAUGAUCAAGAAUAAAGACAACAACACAGGUGCGCUACAUGUUCACUGGAAAGGUGCGGCAGAGAUGAUUCUAGCAAUGUGCUCCAGUUACUAUGAUGCUUCAGGAAAUACCAAAGAUAUGAAUGGAGAAGAAAGAAUGAAAUUCGAGCUAAUGAUUGAUGAAAUGGCAACCAGCGGUCUCCGCUGCGUAGCUUUUGCCCACAAACGUGUUUCACAAGAAGAGGGAGAAGAUCUAAAAGAGAAGAAAAGGCUCAAGGAAGAAAGUUUGACCCUGUUAGGACUCGCAGGCAUUGAGGACCCAUGCCGGUCAGAGGUGAAGGAAGCCGUGGAACACUGUUUCUGUGCCGGUAUGAAGAUCAAGAUGAUCACAGGUGACCAUAUCUCCACUGCAAGAGCCAUAGCCAUUGAAUGUGGGAUUCUCCAAUCUGGUGAUGAGGACAGGGAAGGAUCUGUCAUGGAAGGUGAGGUAUUCAGGAAUUAUACACUGAAGGAGAGGAUGGAGAAAGUUGACAAUAUCUGCGUUUUGGCACGAUCAUCUCCUUUGGAUAAGCUUCUUAUGGUGCAGUGCCUGAAACUUAAAGGACAAGUGGUUGCAGUCAGUGGUAUAAACGAUUCGUUGGUGCUUAAGGAAGCCCAUGUAGGACUCUCUGCGGGGAGUCACGGGACGCAAGUCGCCAAGGAAAGCUCUGACAUUGUCAUCUUGGAUGACAAUUACACAACCAUCGCUAUGGCUUUAAGGUGGGGAAGAUGCGUCUACAACAACAUCCAGAAAUUCAUUCAGUUCCAGCUCACCAUAACCAUUGCUACUGUAGUCAUCAACCUCGUGGCAACUAUUUCUACUAGCACAGUUCCUUUAACGACCGCUGAGCUGUUGUGGGUGAACUUGAUAAUAGGGAUGUUGGGUGCUCUGGCUUUGGCUACAGAGCCUCCCACGAGUGAGUUGAUGGAGCAGUCACCUGUUGGCCCAAUGGAGCGGCUUAUUACCAGCAUAAUGUGGAGGAAUGUCCUAGCUCAAGUUCUUUACCAGAUUGGAGUCCUCCUAAUUCUACAAUUUAAAGGGGAAUCAUUCUUUGGUCUUACAGAGGCUAGAAAUAGCACCUUGAUCUUUAAUACCUUCAUUCUCUGUCAAAUUUUCAAUGUAUUCAAUGCGAGGAAGCUUGAGAAGAAGAAUGUAUUCAAGGAUGUUUGUAAGAACUGGAAGUUUCUUGGGAUUGUUGGGAUAAUGAUUCUUCUCCAAGUGAUCAUGGAGGAGUUUUUGAAGCAAUUUGGCGAUACAGAGAAGUUGAAUUGGUUUGCAUGGGGAACAUGUAUUGCCAUUGCUGCAGGCUCUUGGCCAAUCGGCGCUAUUGUCAAGUGCAUAUCGGUGCCAGAACUCCAAUCUUAAUAAGCUAAUCUCAAGUGGAACA